CCGAUGGUGCAGAGGGACGAGGGCGUGGCUGGGAUGGGAAGGCUGUAUUGGGGGCAAGCUCAAUCCCAUACUGCACAGUGCACUGGAUUCCAGCAUUCCAUCCUGGCCUGUUGCCUUCCACAGUGGUAGACUGCAGGAUCACAGGUGUAUGGUGGCCUAAAUUGGACCACACACAAUGGCCAUCAAGAAUGUACCCGCUGUUGGGGAGUAAAAAUAGAAGAUGACACCUCCUGGGGGAGGAGGGAGGACCUCGUCUCUUUCUCUGGGCACGUCCUCUCCAUCCUUGUCUCCUUCGGCUUCCUCCUCUGACCAUUCCUAUACUUGAGACAACCUACUCCCACCAUGUCUGACGAGGAAGUUGAACAGGUCGAGGAGGAGGCCCAGGAGGAAGAAGUCCAUGAAGAAGUUCAUGAACCAGAGGAAGUCCAAGAAGAGGAGAAGCCAAGGCCCAAACUCACUGCUCCUAAGAUCCCGGAAGGGGAGAAAGUAGACUUCGAUGACAUCCAGAAGAAGCGCCAGAACAAAGACCUCAUGGAGCUCCAGGCUCUCAUCGACAGCCACUUUGAAGCUCGGAAGAAGGAGGAAGAAGAGCUGAUCGCUCUCAAGGAGAGAAUUGAGAAGCGCCGGGCAGAGAGAGCUGAGCAACAGAGGAUCCGCGCAGAGAAAGAGAGGGAGCGCCAGAACAGACUGGCGGAGGAAAAGGCCAGGAGGGAGGAGGAGGAUGCUAAGAGGAGAGCUGAGGAUGAUCUGAAGAAGAAGAAGGCUCUGUCCUCCAUGGGCGCCAACUACAGCAGCUACCUGGCCAAGGCUGACCAGAAGAGAGGCAAAAAGCAGACAGCCCGAGAGAUGAAGAAGAAGAUCCUUGCUGAGAGACGCAAGCCACUGAACAUCGACCAUCUCAGCGAAGACAAGUUGAGGGACAAGGCCAAGGAGCUGUGGGACACCCUGUACCAGCUUGAAACCGACAAGUUCGAGUUUGGGGAAAAGCUGAAACGUCAGAAAUACGAUAUCACCAACCUCAGAAGCCGCAUCGACCAGGCCCAGAAGCACAGCAAGAAGGCCGGAGCCACCGCCAAAGGCAAAGUCGGCGGGCGCUGGAAGUAAAGGAGCCCAGGAGGGCCCCCGAGGCAGAGACCUUUGGCCCUGGCUCACUCCUGGGCCUGCUCACCCAACAUCAUGUCCUUCAGCCCUCACACCCAGGCUCCUUCUGGGGUGCCAGGACAAUCCUGGGGGUGGAGGGGCCACCCCAGAGCAACCCCCUUGUCUCUGUCCUCACUGCCCCCAUCCCCUGGGGUCUGUGAAUAAAGCUGGCAGAC